GUAAGGAUCCAGAGGAGGGCUGAGGAGGUGUAGUCUUUAUAAGAUCUGUCUGUCCCCGCGGGACCUCACACAUUUUUACCGUUGGCUACCUAUUUUUUGUGUCGGGGCUGUUUUUCCUCUAAAAAGGGAAGCUGAAUUUCAUUGUUUUUGAGCGGGGAUACCUCCUACAGAGCCUCGUCACUUCAGCUGAUGACAGAAAACCUUGGACGCAGAGGCAAGCGGCGAUGCGUCGGCACCGCUGUUAACUCUUUGGACUCAAACUGAACAGAAGCUUGUUUUUUUUUUUUGUUUUUUUGUUCUUGGUUUCCAUAAUCAAGAGGGACAGAGGCAAACUGAAGUCCGCAACGAUGAAGCUGAAACCGAACCAGACCAGGACGUACGACGGAGAGGGGUUUAUGAUCAGAGCGGCGUGUCUGUGCUUCAAGAAUGAACGGGAAGAGGAGGUUCUUUUGGUCAGCAGCAGUCGGCACCCGGACCAGUGGAUCGUUCCUGGAGGAGGGAUGGAGCCCGAGGAGGAGCCGUGGGGCGCUGCGGUGCGAGAAGUCUUUGAGGAGGCUGGUGUGAAGGGCAAGCUUGGGCGCCUGCUUGGUGUAUUUGAGCAAAACAAGGAUCGGAAGCACCGGACGUACGUGUAUGUGUUGACUGUGACGGAGACGUUCGAGGCCUGGGAGGACUCCGUUAACAUAGGCCGGAAGCGGGAGUGGUUCACCGUGGAGGACGCCAUCAAAGUGCUGCAGAGCCACAAACCCGUGCACGCCGAGUACCUGCGGAGGCUGCAGCUCAGCUGCUCCCCCACCAACGGCAACUCCAUCCUCCCGAGCCCCCCUCCGAACGACAACUACCCCAACUACAGCACGACCACCGGCGCCCCCUCGACGGGCAGCGUGCUGGGCCCCUCCUGCAGAUAGGACCCCCGCCGCGCUCUCCUGUCCCGACUGGGGACAGCUUACAGAAAGUCUGUACAGUCUCCUGCAUGAAUCUAAAGACUUCUCAGAGCCCCGGCUCGCCUGUAUUUAUUGUUUCUUACCCUCGCUGCAAGACUGAACAAAGCUGUUGCCAAGGACCGCGGCGAAAAGACUUCCCGGGAAGCGGUCGCGUCGCAGACAAUUCCCAGACUGCAGUGCGGGGCAGAGGACGCCGCCGGUGGUGUGGAUGAACUUUAACUAUGGGAUGCCUUACCGAAACUUUGUACGAAUGUCAAAUCUUAGGUCGUUCUAUUUCACCGACAGUCACAGUUACCUUUUUAGUGGCGUCAUGCGGCCUGUGGAGGGUGGGGGGGAGAGGGGGUAGCUGGCUCCCAGAGCACAUUGGUGUGCAGAAUGUUUCCAUGGUGACGUCAUCAACACGUGAUGGUAACGGCAAAUAUAUUACACGUGAAUAUUUAUUAAAAAGAAAACACCUUCACGUUCAUCCCUUUGCUCCAUCACAUGUAAACUUUGAUUCUUUUUUUUUUUUUUUUUUUUUUUAAGAAUACAUAAUAUAAAGAUAAAUUGGCUAUAAAAUCUGCUUUCCUGCAUUGCUUUUCAAAAUGAGCGAUGACCUAAAAUGAGUCGUUUUGGGGGGGAAAUUAAUAAAGUUUUCUAUACAUUCUACCUCAGUGAACUUAAACUGGAUACGAUCUUCCUGUUUGGUGACCUUUUCUGACACAAUGCUACUAAUUAAAAUUCAGCCUGCAGCGUUACCUAACUAAUGUGUGCUAGUUAUCAGUGCUCUACAGUCUGGUGUUAAAUCAUGCAGGCUGCAGCUCUGGUUUUAUUCUGCAGAGAACGAUGCUGAAGUAGAGAUGCACUGAUCAGUUGGCCAGGGAUCAAAAUUUGACUUUUUCUUCUUCAUUGGUGCUGAAUUGUGAUCAAGUACCAAAUUAUAUAUAUAUAUAUAAAAAAUUCUACUAUACAUCAAAACUGAAACUGUUUCCCCAUUGGUCAACAAGCACACACCCCUGGAAUUAGAAUAUUUUCAUUUUUUUCUCUAUGUCUGCAUAAGUAUGGAAAAUGGUUUGAGUUUUCAGACUUUUAUUGCUUGUUCCAAUUUUCUGAAUGAUUUAAUUUUCUCUAAAUCUGAAUAAUACAUUUUUUUUUCUCAGUUGAUUUCUGUUUAAAUUGCAUCCUUAUUCUUUUAUUUACAACAUCAAACAUUGCUUUUCUGUUCGCCUCACUCAUGAGUUUUUGAGUUGGACUCGAAAAUGAGUGAACUGAACAUUUAAAGAUCCAGGAAGUGUCACUUCACGGCUGUUUUGACCACUCGACUUUCUUAAAUAUUGGUUCUUGAACCGGGUCUGAGUAAGAUGCCAUAAAAAGUAUUGCAAUUCCUUUUUUUCAUUCAUUUUUAAAUGAUCAUAAUUAAGGAGUCACAAAGGAAAAUAAUCAAUAUUCACUGUUAAAUAAUUGAGGUUCGACAAGUGAACGUGUUGUAUAGAUUGUGAAAUGGAGCGAAUUGAUGUUGGUCCAGGUUCCAAAAUAAAAGCUGUGAAAUCAUCCUUCACCACCCCGAGAGAAUCAUAAUCCUACUUUAGUGCUGGGUUGUUUCAUUCAUUUGAAAGACAAAGUAAUUUAAAAAAAAAAAAAGCUAGAAAGGAUGUGAUGUUGAAGUAUUAAAUCAAUAGGAAACCUUUAAUUUGAUGCAGUUUGAGUUUAAUAACCAACAAAUAAGCGUUAAAGGCGUAUGUGUUCGAUUCAUCAAUGAUCUUGUAAUUCUUUCAUCUCUGUUCAAAUCAAGACUACCUCUUUUACUAAGCCUGCGGUACAUUUUCCCCCCUUUCAUGUUUGUGUUAGCCUGUUUUUUUUUUUUUUUUUUUUUUAAUUGAAAGUCAAACCUCAAAGAAAAUAGGAACUCUGUACUGGCCCAGAAAAGUCUGAUUGUUGCAUCUUCGAAUGAAACAGACUUCUGCAAAACAUUAAUGUAUUAGGUGGUGAUUGUCUGCUCUUUCCAUGAACAUCGCUUUAUUUUAUAAUUUUGUUUCCCCUUGUGGUACUUUAAAGCAGUCUGAUAAAGAGGUCUAGUAAAAAAGAUGCAUCUACCAGUGAUUAUUCUCUCAUGACAAAUGAAUCUAUAGGUAAAUAUUCUAGUUUUCUCUGAAUAAACUUUUCUAGAGGGAUCUUAAGGCCCUUUUUUUGGCUAUGAGACCCUGAGCUUAAUUUUUUAGAACCUUGUAUUUAACCCCAACCUAAAUAUUUUCUUCUGUGCUUCUGGUGUACAACAUUGUUUUUUUUUGUUUAAGAUUACAUCCGCUUAGAGGAUCUUUAUCUUUUCUUUAUGAAAAGUGUUUAUUUCAACCAGUAAAAACCAUAACUGAUGAUUCUCUCACAGCGAUUACACCACAGAGCUUAUUUAGAGUUGAUCGUAUUAGGCAUGACAACUUAUGAUUUCACAGCGGUUACACCCUGAAACAGAACGAUCGUCUCUUUAAAGUAGGAGAAAUCUCCACCCAGAAGUUCAGGGACAAUGGAAAUCUACUGGACCUCGUUAUUUUAUUUUAUUUUUUUUUAUUUCUUGGGAGGUCAGUAUCUAUGUGUUUUGUUUUUUGUUUUUUUUGGCAAAGGCAUCGGAAACUGAGAAGAUAAAUAAUAGCUCUAGAAAAGUUCCUGCAGUCGAAAUGUGCCUAGAGUUUUCGAGAAAACGCUUCCACAAAGUAAAGUCCGCAUUUAUCAUGAAUUUCUAUGUCCCGUGUAAACUGCAUCCAGAUUGAAAACGCGAAGAAACACCGUCACCUGUACGAAAACGGCCAUCCCACCUUUUUGCCUCGACGGCUGAAUGAACGCUCGAGACGCGUGGAUAACUGAGGCGUUGUGAAGUGUGUUUUUAACCUGUACGUUUUCUCUUUUAAUGUUUUCUAUAGUUUUUUUUUUUAAAAUGACGCACAAGCUGCACGUGUACAGUGUGGGAUGUUUAUGAAGCGGAAGGAGCGCACAGUGUCAUCCAUAGGAAAAACACAAAGCUUCCCUUCCAAAUCGAGUAUUUGUUUGCUUUCUGACUCACUGAAAAACCUGCAAAGAAUGAAAAUACAAUGGGUCUCACCUUAUGCCGAGGCUAAAAUAACUAUUUUUUAAAUAAAACGUGAGAGUGGUUUUUGAGAAAAACAAAAACAUCAGAUAUAGUUGUCUUUUUUUUUAAUUUUAAAACAAAAAAUAAUAAAGUGUUUCAGCCUCUUACACUGGCAGACCAAACAGUUUUCCAAUAUUCGUCUCCUUCUCCCAUCACUGUGUUUUGUCUCCAUCACACAAUCUUCUCUCUUGUAAUGUAAACGUUGACUGAGCUGUUAAUCUACUUUCUGUCUGUGUGUAUAUAUUUAUUACGAGAGAUGAAUUUAAAAUUUUACGUGCCAAAUAUCAAAAUCUGUGCUAUAGUAGGGGGGGGGGGAAUAUCAUCUAUUUGGGCUAAAAUAGAUAUUAAACUCUAACCUUGAUGAGUUUCUUCACACUAUGUUAAAUGUUCUACGUAGAAAAGAUUUAUUUUGUUAAAGACCGCAUUUUUAGCUUUUUACGGUCGUAUUCUUCACCGUCUAACUGGUGGGUUAGUUCUGCCUGAAUGUUUUGAGUCUUAGCCGACACCCAUCUGGUCUUAUUCCUGUCGAGAAGCUUUUUAACCAAUGGCGAAUGAAGGUGUUCUUACAGUUUAUCAUGAUGUAAUGUGAACGUGAUCUGGACUGGAGACAAAAGAGUGCAUUAAAGGAAAGAACAACUUAA